AUGGCUAAUCGCCUAUCAUGCUCGUUCACCACUCUCACCAUAGUGAUCAAGCCGGCCGUAAUCUUUGUCUCUGAGUCGCUCUUCCUUGGCCCACAAGAGACAGAUCAAUCUGAGAAGCCGGCAUUGUCCAAUGGUUUGGCUUUGUCCGGCCGGGAGGAAGAAAACAAAGACUGUUGCCUGGGCGCACUUAUCGAUUCGAGGCAAUCGGCAGAGUUGCCCUGGCUCUGUUAA